CGCCAGUUAGUUCCAAAGCAGACAAUCAUAAUGACGAAUCUGUUGCUGUUCGUGUUUUUGAGUAUUUUCUUAACAUUUGUAAAUGCUCAAGAAUUGUCUAGUUUAAUCAGAAAUACAAAUUUGGGUAGGAUUGAUCCUGUGACAGAUAAAAAGAUUUUAAAUGCUGUUGUAAGAGCUAAUCCUAAUCUAAAUGAGUAUCCAGACCUUCGAGACACGACAUCGCAAGGGCUACUAUAUGUUUCUGUGAAAUAUCAAGAUAAUCGUCAUGCUAUUAUAGGAGUAAUAUCUGGCCCAAGUCCAUAUUCUGGAUAUGUUGAAGUCACCUUUAAUGGAGGCCCCCUGCCUACCUCCCCUAGUUCUCCUCUGCACCAAGGUUCGGGCAAACUGAACUUGUCAAGGUUUACUGAAUUAAACCGUAACCUAGGACUACCGAGGGACUAAAGAGACCCACAGAAAAUAAUCCAGGCAUUCAUGACUAAAAACCCUAGGCUUCCAACGGGUUUAGGAAGCUUCCUGGAAGUGGGAAAGAUCACAAGGACAUCUGCAUAUUUGUACGUGAAACAACCUAAUUUUCAAUACGAGGGUGACGUAUAUGUGUCAUUGUAAAUAAAUCACAAAUAAAUAGAACAGAGACGA